CAUUUGUUUUCAAGCUUUUCAAUUUAAAAUUGGAUUGAUUUGAAUCUAGUAAAUCUAUUAAUUAAUUAGUAAUUUGUUUGUUUUAAAUUGUUCAUUUUAGAAGAAUUGAUCUUUCAAUUGAUUCGUGUUAUUUGAAUGCUGCUUCUUAUUUAAUUUGUCCUUGGUUGCUGUUGGAAACUCGGUUAAUCAAAACAAAGAGAGUGAGAGACUUGAAAGUGUAAACAUUAAUCUAAUUGAUUUGAUUGGUUUGUGUUCGAGUUUGUUAAUUGUUAUAUUGUCUCUGUUUCCAUAUUUGGUGCAAUCUAAUUGUUAACCUGAUCAAAGGAUGGAAACAUCGUUCAAAGGAUUACCAGAUGAUCUUAACAAUAUACCUUUAGCUGAUGAAGAUGCUCCAGAUGAUGAGGAAAGUGAUGAUGAAGGCAAUUCUGGUCAAAUUGAUAUAAAUCAUAGUUUCGCCCAGGAUCCAGGCUUUGAUUCAUUAGGCUCAUCUAAUGAUCAUCAAACUGAUGUUAAUUCUUUCGAUCAGGAAAUGAGUAAAGAGGAAAUCGAGGAAAGAGAAAGAUUAAUCCAACAAGUAUUGGAACUUCAAAAUACCCUUGAUGAUUUAUCUUUACGAGUUGAUAGUGUCAAGGAAGAGAAUCUUAAAUUAAAAUCAGAGAAUCAAGUUCUCAGUCAAUAUAUUGAGAAUCUAAUGUCGGCAUCGAGCGUUUUCCAAUCAACCUCACCAAAAGCUUCCAAGAAAAAGGGUAAAAGAUGAUCUAUUGAUUGAGAAAACGAAAUCAAUACAAUCAAUCAUCUCCCAAGAUCGAUGACAAUUAUCUCUUAUUGACAUAAUUACCUGACAAUUAACCAACAUUAAUCUCGCUGUUAAAAUCAUUAACUUCCUUCUCUCUUUUAUUAUCAAGUUAAUUUGCUCCUUUUACUUUUCAUCUUCUUCUUGUUUGUUUUAUCUUUUGGAUUACAAUUUAUUUACCUAAUUAUUGUCAUUAUCGUCAUUAAGAAUUAACUUCAAUGUCGGUUAUGCAAUUAAAAUGAU